GCAUGUCUGAAUGGACAGGAAGUUUUGAGCCAAAAUGGCGGACUUUUUGAAAGGUCUCCCAUCCUACAAUGAGAGUAAUUUUGCUAAAUUCCACACAGAUUCGGGUUGCAAAAGCAGCAUUGGUAGACCUACUGUCUACAUCUCAACCAAAGACUACCCCUCAGAGCAAGUGAUCACGACGGAGAAGACCAACAUCCUCCUCCGCUAUCUUCACCAACAGUGGGAUAAGAAGAAUGCCAGCAAGAAGCGUGACUCCACCAGGGCCAGUCUUGAGACCCCAGAAGGCAACUCUCCCAGUAAGAUGCCACGGUUAGCAUCCACUGAUGACAACUCCUAGUACUGCCUGUGUAUGUGUGGUUUGACAACUGGAAAACAUCAAUGUUCUCAGCAUUGCCUCAUUGAGCGAGUGCUUUGGGUUGUCUGUGUUAGAAGAUGGAAAUUCGGAAAUUGACUUGAAAUAUGCCCAAUACAGUAAUGACUGGUCAGGGAUACUGGGCAUUAAAGAUGGCAGCAGGAAGUUGCCAUACUGUUGUGUGUAUUUGAAGUUGUGUGGGGGACAUGUAUUUGAUAUAACAUGGACAGGGAAGUUAAACAGUCUGGAGCUCCACAGGAACAUUUUAAAUAAAUAGUGUGAGUGUAUAGGAUCUUGCAGGUUUGGACAGGAUUUAAGCAAAUUUUGAAUGAAGUUUGUUAUUCUUCUUUCUCUCUAGUGCUGACAAAUGCCAUGCUUGAUCUGUCUUGUCUCAGGCUGCCAUACUGGCAACAUGCUGGUGUGUUGUGUUUGUUGUAAUGUCAUAUCCCUAUACUUUAAGCAACAAUUGUAUAUGGUUUCUCAAAAUUCAUAAGUUUUUAUAACGUUUUUACGGUUGAUUUUGCUGAACAUGGCUCUGUAAUGAUUUAAGCUUUAUUUUUUAUGUUCAAAUCUAACAAAAGCAAAGCAUGUCAAAUUUCAAAUUUAAAAAUCUAUGAGAAUGUGAUACCUCCAGACAUAAUUGUCUGUGAAACAGAAUGAUAAGUAUGUUAUUCAUUUACUUUAAGCCUCUGAGAUUUGUGUUUGCAAAACUACAUGUGUUCUGCUUGUUGAAUGGAAUAAGCUCACUGCUUCUGUCAGGGAUUAUUUCAUUUGUUCAGUGAUACUGUGGUAAAAUUUAGCCUUGGCUGAGUAUAUUAAUGUGUACUGGAUCUUAUUAUGACUUUCAUUGUAAAUAUCUUUGUAUAUACAUGUAUUUCCUUUGUACAUAUUACACUGCAUUAUUUGUUCUGUAACAGAUGGUUGUUUUAGGCAGGGAACUUUGUACAUUACAAAGCAUGGCAACAUGUCAAACAACCAUGUUCAUGAGUGUUCUCAACUAGCUGCCUCUUUUGUAGCAUUUAUCAGAUGGGAGCUACAAGCUGCCCAUAUCUCAUUCCAAGCCCAAUGCUACUUAAUCAGGAACUGUCCCAGUCUGUCAGGAGGCAAUCUCAUCUCGAAUCUCUAUUCUAUCCCAACACCAAUUUUGCAGUAAGUGAUCAAUUACAGUUCAUGUUGUCAUGGACUUUGCAUUUUUGUACCGAUAAAUGAGAGCCUGCUGGUGUCUGUAUACCAGUCAAUGAGAGCCUGCUCGUGUCUGUAUACCAGUCAUUGAGAGCCUACUGGUGUCUAUAUACCUGUCAAUGAGAGCCUGCUGGUGUCUGUAUACCAGUCAAUGAGAGCCAGCUGGUGUCUAUAUACCAGUCACUGAGAGCCUGCUGGUGUCUAUAUACCAGUCAAUGAGAGCCUCCCGUUGUCUGUAUACCAGUCACUGAGAGCCUUCUGGUGUUUAUAUACCAGUCACUGAGAGCCUGCUGGUGUCUGUAUACCAGUCAAUGAGAGCCUGCAAGUGUCUGUAUACCAGUCAAUGAGAGCCUUCUGGUGUCUUUAUACCAGUUAACGAGAGCCUGCUGGUGUCUGUAUACCAGUCACUGAGAGCCUGCUGGUGUCUAUAUACCAGUCAAUGAGAGCCUGCCAGUGUCUGUAUACCAGUCAAUUAGAGCCUUCUGGUGUCUUUAUACCAGUCAGGGAGAGCCUGCUGAUGUCGGUAUACCAGUCAUUUAGAGCCUUCUUGUGUCUGUAUACCACUCACUGACAGCCUGCUGGUGUCUAUAUACCAGUCAAUGAUAGCCUGCUGGUGACUGUAUACCAGUCACUGAGAGCCUGCUGGUGUCUAUAUACCAGUCAGUGAGAGCCUGCUGGUGUCUAUAUACCAGUCAAUGAGAGCCUGCUGGUGUCUAUAUACCAGUCACUGAGAGCCUGCUGGUGUCUAUAUACCAGUUUGUGACAGCCUGCUGGUGUCUAUAUACCAGUCACUGAGAGCCUGCUGGUGUCUAUAUACCAGUCAAUGAUAGCCUGCUGGUGUCUGUAUACCAGUCACUGAGAGCCUGCUGGUGUCUAUAUACCAGUCAGUGAGAGCCUGCUGGUGUCUAUAUACCAGUCACUGAGAGCCUGCUGGUGUCUAUAUACCUGUCACUGAGAGCCUGCUGGUGUCUGCAUACCAGUCACUGAGAGCCUGCUGGUGUCUGUAUACCAGUCAGUGAGAGCCUGCUGGUGUCAUUAUGCCAGUCAGUGAGAGCCUGCUGGUGUCUGUAUACCAGUCAGUGAGAGCCUGCUGGUGUCAUUAUGCCAGUCAGUGAGAGCCUGCUGGUGUCUGUAUACCAGUCACUGAGAGCCUGCUGGUGUCAUUAUGCCAGUCAGUGAGAGCCUGCUGGUGUCAUUAUGCCAGUCAGUGAGAGCCUGCUGAUGUCUGUGUACCAGUCAAUGAGAGCCUUCUGGUGUCUGUAUACCAGUCACUGAGAGCCUGCUGGUGUCUGUGUACCAGUCAUUGAGAGCCUUCUGGUGUCUGUUGACCAGUCAUUGAGAGCCUGCUGGUGUCUGUAUACCAGUCAGUGAGAGACUGCUGGUGUCAUUAUGCCAGUCAAGAAGCCAACUCAAGCCAGUAUUUACAGAAGCAGCUGGUGUCAAAUAAUGGUUAAAGAUAUUGUUUUGCACAACUAAUUUUUAACGAAGGUGCAUGUAGUUAGCAUGGCUAUCUCAGACUGGAAUCCAGUUGUCACAUUUAUCGAUGCCAGUGUGAGGGUUGACCACCAGGGAAAUAGGUUGUGAACCUGGCAUGGUCAGCAGAAGAUUACACCUUCACUGAUGAAGCUGUUCUCUCAUUAGUGACUGCCAGUGUUUAUCCUGUUGAACUAUAGGCUCAUGUCUUUCAGCAUUGGCUUCAGUCCUUUUUGGAACCUGUCUCCUUCGGCAGUGGCUCCCAUAUUAAUCAAACCCCAUUCAAGACUGCCUUGUCAGUGGCUCCCAUCCAACUGAGGGUUGUUUCUCAGAGCAUCAGAUCCUCAUCCUACAACUCUCUCAUUGGUGGUGAGGGGUAAGCUAUUGGCCAAUCCAGGGAAUUAGAAUGAUCUGUUGACUGGAUCAGCCAUUGGUUGGCCAUGUAUAUAUUCACAUUGUCCAGUCUAUCAACUACUGUUACCAUUUCUUACAAUUUGUCCAGUUUCAUUUCUGCCAGACACAUGCCAUUCGUAUUGUGAUCAUAUGUAAAUUCUUUCAUUUACUUGUAUUGUGCUGUCUCUGUCAACAAUAAAAACUCUCUGAAAGAU